AUGACACAAAUGAAAGUUGUUCGCAUCGUCAAUGCCGGCGACAAAGUUACCGCCGAACUUCGUAAUGAACCUCUCCUAACUCCAGGUCCCCGCGAUGUCCUGAUUAAGGUCUACGCUGCUUCGCUCAACUACCGCGACACGGCCCUUUUGAGGGGCGAAUAUCGUGCGCCGACCAAGGAAAACGGAAUUCCUGUGUCCGAUGGUGCUGGAGAGGCUAUUGCUGUCGGAAAAGAUGUUGCACGGAUCACCAAGGGCGACCGCGUCGCUGUCGGUUGUGCUGCAAACUGGAUUGCUGGCCCAUAUACUCCGGAAUAUCGGUCAAGCAGCGUCGGCUUCACUGUCGAUGGGCUGUUAGCUGAAUACGUGAUUUUCAACGAAGACGCACUUGUCCGCAUUCCAGACUAUAUGUCCUACGUCGAAGCUGCCUCCCUUCCUUGCGCAGCUGUUACCGCCUGGACAGCCCUCAACAAAGUUGAACCCCUUCAGCCGGGCCACACCGUGUUGGUCCAAGGCACAGGGGGUGUUUCACUCUUUGCGUUGCAAUUCGCGAAAAUCUUCGGCGCUCGUGUCCUUGCAAUCACCUCCUCGUAUGGGAAGGCUGCUAAGCUCAAGGAGCUUGGGGCCGAUGCCGUUGUGAAUUAUAGCACCACCCCUGAUUGGGAUCAGGAGAUCCUUACUCUGACCGGUGGAAAGGGUGUUGACAAGGUGCUCGAUAUUGCCGGAGAGAAGACUAUCGUGAAGUCUGCAGCAUCGACCAAGAUCACUGGAGCCAUCAUCUUGAUUGGAUUUGCAAGCGGUUUCGGCGGUGGCCUUCCGCCAAUCGAUGUCCUCGUUCGAUCCCUCACAGUAACCGGAUCUACUGUUGGUUCGCGGAUCGAUUUCGAAGCUAUGCUUCAGGCCAUGGAAAGGCACCAAGUCAGACCUAUUAUCGAUCAGGUCUAUCCAUUCGCAGAAUUCCGUGAGGCGUAUAAAAAGCUCGAGGGUGGACAACAAGUCGGCAAAGUCGUUAUUGAGAUCGCCAAAUAA